GAAGGAUCGAACUUUCAAGGACAUACAGAAAGAGAUGCGCUAGGUAUGAGGGUUUUCACUACGUUGGGGAUUUGGCCUACUCCAUUAAAAGAAAGUACUAAUUCUUUAUGGAUCCCUGGAUUUUUAAAUCUCAAACCGGCUCUGAGUGUACGGUUUGUCUCUGUGGAUCUCAAAGGAGAUGAUGAUAAGCCAGUUGACAUUCCGGAUCCGUAUCAUAGGACAAAAAAGAAAUGUUUUAUUUGUGAAAAAAACAUUCCUUUAGACUACAAGAAUGUUCGUUUAUUAUCACAAUUCGUUUCUCCAUACACUGGCCGUAUCUACGGGCGACACAUUACAGGAAUGUGUAUUCCAAUGCAGAAAAGAAUAUCCAAGUUAAUUAUAAGGUCUAGACAAUUCGGUUUCAUGCCUUUCGAAAGCAAAGAAAGUGUGUUCAUUGGCGACCCUAGGAUCACUGUUCGCUCAAGAUGAGAUAUUUCCACAUGUACAGAGCAGGGUUUACAAUACACUGUUAAAUUAGA